CUUAUUUAUUUUAUACUUAUACCCACCUGGUACUGAAUGUAUCUGACCGGUGUUAUAGUUUCUGCUCAGUGCUUCUCUUCCUGUGUGACUGACUGACAGCGAGCUGCUGGAACGAAGAGUUUCCCCUCAGGAUCAAUAAAGGGUUUCUGAUUCUGAUUCUGAUCUAACCCUCUAGAGAACCCUCUAUUGAAUCCAGAAUGUCGAACUAUUCCUAAGUAUUUAAAUAUAUUUUUAUUCCAAAGUGGACAGCAGAGAGACGACAGGAAGUGAGGGGACAGAAAAGGGGGACUGGCAUCAAACAGCUGGUCACCUGAUGUGGUUUUGAAGGUUUGGCCUGGAGGAGAGGCUGCAGUACAGCAGAGAGAGCCUCUGGAGGACUUUCUGAAGCUCACGAUGACAAGAAAACCGAAACAUAAGUAAUAAAACAAGUGUGUUUCUUUCUCGGUACAGAAGGAGCAGAAUAUUUCAGCUUCUCCAUCUGAUCAUGAUUUCUUUAAGCAGUGUGAUCCUGAUCCUGCCAGUGGGCCGGCGUUGAUUCACUUGGCAAUUACAAAUAUAAAUGUUCUUUAUGUGUUUUGGUCUUUUUAAGUGUUUACAGAAUAAGGUUGAUAUGAAACUUGAUUUUAAUUUUUGGGAGCAGAUGGUUCUUCGUUUUGAAGUUUCCCCUGGAGGACAGUCAGUGAGGACCGCAUGUCUGUCUGUAUUUCUGUUUCCUGAUCAAUAAUCGAUUCUCUUCAAAACGCGACUGAGCAUGUUGACCAGGGCCGGGCCACCUGCCAAGAGACUGUGGUGGAGGAAAGAGGUGGAUCAGUCCCCGUCCCGCGCUGUUCCGGUCUCUGCUGACUGACUUUGGAUCAGUGAAUCUCGUGCCCCGCCCCGCCGGCAUCACAGCGACCUGCCGCCCCGGAGAGGCGACGAUGGCGGCGGCUGCGGACCGAGGAGGAGUCCGGGGGAGUGCUCUUCCACCGGACCCGGACCCGGACCCCACCGCCGGGUCCGGUGCUGACGGAGAGCCCGACGGCCGCGUCCCGGUGCCGAUGAACCUGUUUGCGACCUGGGAGAUCGACCGGUCCUCUCCGAGCUGCGUCCCCAGGUUGUGCAGUCUGACUCUGAAGAGGCUGAUGGUUUUGAAGGAGCUGGACAGAGAGCUCAGCUCCGUCGUCAUUGCUGUAAAGAUCCAGGGUUCUAAGCGGACUUUGAGAUCCAACGAGUACCUUCUUCCUCCGGACGGCCUGAUGGAAACAGACCUGGAGCUCAGCUUCUCACUGCAGUAUCCUCACUUCCUGAAGCGAGAUGUGAACCGUCUGCAUGUGAUGCUGCAGAGGAGGAAGAGGUACAAGAACCGAACUAUCCUGGGCUACAAAACCCUCGCAGUGGGAGUCAUCAACAUGGCCGAGGUGAUGCAGCAUCCGACAGAUGGAGCCCACAUCCUCGGUCUCCAUAGCAACCUGAAGGAUGCUUCGAUGCGUGCGGCGGAGCUGAGCGUCCAUUCUCUCUCCAGCCAGCCAAUCGAACAGGAGGACACAAGCAGUCACCAUGGCAACAAGACCAAGGCCUCGGAUCGCUCCCCUGACAUGGAGAACUACUGGGAGGACGAUGACGACAGCUUCUCCUCCGAACAGGAAGGAAGUGAUGACGCAGUGCCCCUCCAGGACAUGUAUGAUGAUGAUGACGAUGUCCAGGGAAAGACGAAGAAGUCUCGCAGGAAAAUGAUCCGAGCAGCCUCCCUGAUGCAGCAACCGAACUUCAAACAGAAGUUUGUGGCUCUGCUGAAAAGAUUCAAGGUCACCGAUGAGGUUCUGAACUCGGAUCCGGUGGGUCGGAGUCAGGAGGCUGAGGAGGACCUGGACCUCCUUUACGACAGUCUGGAGGUUUACAACCCGAGUGACAGCGGCCCGGAGCUGGACGACAGCGACGGCAUCGUCAGCACGCCCAAACCCAAACUCAAGCCUUUCUUCGAGGGGAUUUCUCAGUCCGGCUCUCAGACCGAGAUCGGGAGCCUCGACAGUCAGAGGAGCCAACAGACGGACCGCGCUGCAGCUCGUCCCGGAGCUCAGGGGCCUCGAUUCCCCGAGGAGGCCGGCCCCGGGGAAGUUGAGGAUGAUGUUGCUAUGGGAACAGAUGCAGGCCCGGCCGCCAAACUCUGUAAAACCGAGUCACAAACACACAUAUCACCGAGUAAGACAGGAAGUCAGCUGUCUCGCCAUCCUUGGAGUGUCUCCAUGAAGGACAGACAGAACUCUAGAGGGACAGACAGAAACAGCAGCAUCGACAGUGAGACGUCGUCUGACUACAGGAUACCUCCUCCACAGGUUGCCAGGAAGUCGGUCCUGGAUCAGCUGAACCACAUCCUGUUCUCUGAUGAUCAGAUACCUGAUUCCAUCAUCCUCAUCAACACCACAGACUGGCAGGGACAGUAUCUGUCGGAGCUUCUUUUCAAUCAGCCGGUCGUCUGCACCGUCUCAGCGGCUGAUGUCCAGGCCGCCUUCAGCGCCAUCCUCAGCCGGAUCCAGAGAUUCUGUAACUGUAACUCCCAGACGCCGCCCACCGUGAAGGUGGCGGUGGGCGGAGAUCAGAGCUACCUCAGCACCGCCCUCUGCUGCUUUGUAGAGCAGCUGGCCAGCAAGACGCCCGAUUGGCUGAACUACGUCCGCUUUCUCAUCCUCCCUGUUGGAGCCCACCCGCUGGCCAAGUACCUGGCCGCCCUGGACAGCAAAUUCAGCGGCCUGUUCAUGGACGCCGGCUGGAGGGAGCUGUUUGGACGUCUGGAGCCUCCUCCCCUCGAUCCUGUCGGUGUGGCAGGUCGAGUGUCUCAGUACCUGACCGGAGCUGCUGUUUCCCACCUGUGUCCGAUCUCAGAGGCCAUGCUGACCUGCAAGCACAAGAGCCCCGACGACGACUCCUGUCAGAAGUUUGUUCCUUUCAUCGGGCUGGUGAAGGUUGGCAUCGUGGAGCAGAACUUCCUGUCCACCUCAGUUGACUCUGAUGACAUCAUACUGGGGUCUCCUCCCUCUCAAUCAGCAGCGAUCAGCAUCACCUCCACACCUUCUCCCUCCCCCUCCACCAGCUGUCCGGGGGAGGUGAUGGGUCUGCAGGUCGACUACUGGAGCAGUCAGGGGGAGGAGGAGGAGGAGGAGGAGCGGAGGAGGAAGGAGGUAGGGAUGAAGAACACACUGAAGAGCAACUUCCGCAGUCUGCAGGUGUCGAGGAUCAGCGGAGGAGAGCUGAUGAGCAUGACGGUGGUGACCAAAGAGAAGAACAAGAAAGUCAUGUUCCUCAGUAAGAAGACGAAGGACAAGGAGGCGGAGUCGAGGAGUCAGCUGAUCGAAGGAAUCAGCAGAUUGAUCUGUACCUCCAAACACCAACACACACUGAGAGUCUCCAUAGACGGAGUGGAGUGGAACGAUGUGAAGUUUUUCCAGCUGGCUGCUCAGUGGCCGACUCACGUCAAACACUUUCCUGUGGGGAUCUUCGGCUACAACAAACCCUGACCCCCCCCCGACCCCCCCUCCACCUGGAUCACUUCCCACCGGCAGAGGAGCAGAAACCUUGUUUGUCUUUUUUCUCUCACAUCAUGUUGGAAUAGAAAUAUUUGUACCAUGAAAGUUAAUUUUUAAUUAUUUAUAUGAACUCUGCUGUGGAUAUUUAUUACUUACUGUAAAUACUGUACACAGCCUCAAGUGUGUGUGUUUGGCCGAUGAUAAUAAUCAUAAUAAUAAUAACAAUAAUAAUAAUAACGCACUUUGAAUGUGGAUUAACUGAGUUAGUUUGAUUUGACUGUUAAUGAUUUUUCGGUUCUUCAAAGCUGGAUUCAAAUUUACGUCCUUAAACCAAAACCCACAAAAGUGCAGCUCAUUCCCAGUUAGUGGCCCAGGGGCCCGAGGGGUCGGAGCCUCUGUUUGAAGUGACUGAUAUGAUAUCUGGUGUGACUGGGCCUUUAAGCAGACCUGUAGUGGAAGGUAAACUCAGCUGCCAUUUUCCUCCUUCCUGUUUAUAAAGUGUUUAUAAUGACAUAAAGUAACAGAAGGUUAUUUACUCUCAGAGGGGGGUCAGCUAUUUCAAAAUAGUCCCAGCUGUGAAGACACUAAACACUACAGUACCCAUGAUCCUCAGCUGAAUUGAUCCAACAAACUCUACAAAGCUCAGCCUCUAAUUUCCCCUCAGGAUUAGAUCAUUUUGUGUUUCAUGUAGUUUUCUUGUGUUUGUGUUUAUUGACCAUCACACUGCCUGUCUCUGCUCACUGCUGCACACUGCAGAGCUGUAACCCUUUGAAACGGCAGUUAGCAGGUUUGUAAAAUAUGUGAAAAGGUGUUUGAAACAAUAAACAAAUCUGGACAUUAA